AUGUGGAGCUUAAGACUCCGGCCACUGCAAAUGCAGUUGGCCUCGAAUCGCUUUCGAGCUCUUUCCAGCUUCAAAACCCACGGCUCUCAGCGCGGUCCUCGCAACAGUAUCCAACGGCCAGACCCCAUACAAGCGCGUAAGACAGUCAGACCAUCCCAAUCAGCCGAUCAACAACAGCCUGAUCCCGCUGCCCCCGAACCUCGAGAUGCUGCCAAUCCGAACUACGACCCGUCGCAAAACACCUUGCUUGCUCCAGUCCAUAUACCAGAAGAUCCCAAUGGGGUACUCAAAGAGUUGCACCCAGCUACGUCAAUUCUGGCAAAUUCAGGGUUGGUCGUACAGCGACAACUUGAAAUGAUGAACGUCAUGAUUGGUUUCGAGCAGGCUAAUAAAUAUAUCAUCAUGGAUGCACAAGGAAAUCACAUUGGAUACAUGGCCGAGCAGGAAAAGGGACUUGGAAAUGCAGUAGCACGGCAAUCCUUCCGCACUCACCGAAGCUUCGUGACGCAUGUCUUUGACCGUCAUGAGAAUGAAGUUCUGCGAUUCCAUCGUCCAUUUGCCUGGAUCAAUUCCAAGAUCCAUGUCUACGAUCCUCUCGACCAAACACCCAACUCUUACUCCCCAUCCACAUCUCUCGAUGGUGUCUCAACAGGAUCCCUCGUUACGCCUGCAUCUACAUCAAAUGCACGUGUAUCGCCACUUGACUUCGAUCAGAUGCGUGUCAUUGGCGAAGCCCAGCAGCAGUGGGCACCCUUACGGCGAAAGUACAAUCUUUUCACCCACCACAGAUCCCCCGACCUAGCUACCGACAUGGGAUCAAAAGCUUCUUCAACAGGGACCGACCUCUCGCAAGGGAAUCAAAUUCAGCUCCAAUCCGCGUCUGACCCAAACUCUGGCCAUUUCAACCAGUUCGCAUUUGUGGACGAACCUUUCCUAUCAUGGGACUUUUCCCUGAAAUCUACAAAUAAUCAAUUGAUCGGAUCUGUCAAUCGUAACUUUGCAGGAUUUGCCCGGGAAUUCUUUACCGAUACCGGUGUCUAUGCUAUGCGAAUGGACUCCGCGGGACUCGGCGCCGAGUCUUCAAACAAUGCACCCAGCGCAAUGAGCCUUGACCAGCGAGCUGUUAUGCUCGCUACUGCGGUGAGCAUUGACUUUGACUAUUUCAGUCGCCACAGCGGCUCCGGUGGCUUUGGCUUCAUGCCUCUCUGGUUCCCCGGUAUGGGUGGUGAAGCUGCAGCAGGCGGUGCUGCAGCAGGUGGUGCCGCGGAAGCUGGCGCUGUUGGAGAAGCGGCGACUGGAACCCUUGGCAGAGCUGCAGCUACUGGUGGCAUGGGAGACGGCAUGGCUGCGGGUGUUACGGGUGCAGGUGCCAUGGCUGGAUAUGACGCUAUGCAGAGAGGUCACUCAGGCCACCCGACUGAUCCAAACUCUCCAGCGCCAUCUGGUCAGCAAGAGUCGCAGCCCACAGAGGCAGAGUCAUCUGGCUUCUAUGACGAACCCCAGGACCCCUGGGGUCAGCAGGACCCUUGGGGCGACGGAGGUGGUGGCGACGCCGGUGAGGGCGGUGAUAGUUGGUCUGACUUUUUCUAG